ACAUUCAGCAGGUUAAAUUUGGAUACAUGUCACUUCCUGCAUUAUUCUAGGAAUUUCCAAUCAUCGAUUAUCAUAACGACACUCGCUCGUGGUAAACAGUCGCUCGUUGAUACCAGGCUGUGUAAAACUGUUUAAAGCAUGGGUCGAAAACGAAAAGCCCCGACGCAAACAUCGACAACACAUCUGAAGUUUGAUGAAACACGGUUUUAUAAAAAAUCGAAAACCGAAGACCAUGUCUUUAUAAUUGAAGGAAAGAAAAUGUAUGUUUCCAAAAUAGUGUUGACGAUAGCAUCACCCGUCUUUGCUAGCAUGUUUGAAUCAGAUUUUAAAGAGAAACACAUGGAAGAAAUAGAACUCAAGGAAAAGAAAUAUGAAGAUAUGCUUGAAUUUGUAAAACUUCUAUAUCCUGGUUCAAGAAAUCCUGUCACCUUGGAAACUGUAUUCCUUGUCCUGCCAUUGGCGGAAGAAUAUCAGGUGGACUCUAUAAAGUAUGAAUGCGAACAAUGUCUUUUACAUGAAAUAGAGAAUAGGAAAUCACCUCGAAGAUCUACCAAUGUUAAGAGUCUUUGUCAAAUACUGCAAUUCAGUAGCAUAUACAAUAUACCGAACGUUGAGAAAACAUGUAUUGAUGUUCUUUCUAAAAUUCCUCAAAAACAAGUGGAUUCCGCUGAAAAAUUAUACCCAUUGCCUGAUAAAUGCAAAAAUAAAUUGUUAACUAAAGUCAAUAUGAGAUUACAGGAAAGAAUAAAGAACAUCGAAGAUGAUAUCGAGUAUAAAGAUAAUAUUAUUGACAUGAAGGAGGAUGACAUAUCUGACUUGAGAAUACAGAUUCAGGAAGCCAACAAAGAGAGAGAAACUCUAAGACAAAAGCUUUCUGACAGGGAAUGUGAAAAUCGGAGUGAAGGCAUUAUAAAAUUGGAGUUCACCGUCAGCUUUUUAACAACGGCCGGUCAAUUAAGUGACCCAAAGAAAUUUAGAGGACUUAAUUGGCGGUGUAAAGUCACAAGAGAGUGCAUUCCCGGUAUCACGGGGGACGAACAUCUUGGAUUUUGGGCAUGUUUCGACCCAGGUUUUCCAAACAUGGAAAUAAAUGCUAUUGCGUCUUUUAAAGUAUUGAAUAACAAAGGUGCUGAUUUUGUGUGUUAUACAUCUGAUACUGUAUUUACCACAAGGAAUUGCUCCUGGGGAUAUGGAGACAAACUUAAGUGGAAGGAGUUUAUAGAUCCUGAGAAAGGAUACGUAGUUGGCGAUAAGGCAACAAUUGAAUUGUUUCUUGUAACAUUUAAACCACGAUUUGGUAACGAAUAAAUUUUAAUUGAAAUGACAUACAUAAUUGUUUUAGUUAAAAUGUAAAAUAUAAGCUGUUAGAGUAAAUUCAAUCACUUGAAGAAAAUGAAUAAAUUGAGGAAUGUCUUCAUUUAUUAUCCCCGCUUUUGAGGUCAAUAGGUCAAAUGUCAAGAUUAAAGUGGUCCGGAACAAUUUAACGGUUUGCGGACGAUAACUUGAGAACACUUGGGCCUAGGGUCACGAAAUUUUAUAGGAAGACCCCUAUUGAUUUUGUGGUCAGUAUAUAAAAGGUUAAGUCACAUUGACCCAGAACAGUAGAGCUAUUUUGCUAAAUAACUAGAGUUUUGUUCCCUGUGCAGUUACUGAAUGCAUCAAGUGGUGCAUUUCGUGUUCAAAGAGCUCUUGCUUCCACGUGUUUUAAUUUGUAGAUUGAUUUGAAUUUAUGAAUUAUUAUUUUAACAUUUUUAUUACUAGUAAGAUAAUUAAAUAAUCAGGGCAUUCGCGUGGGUUAUUACCUGAUUUACCACUGUUCAGUGGUCCUAGUGGUUUAAUAACAUCCAAUCAACUGAACUACAGGAACACCUUAUAUAUUCUAAAACAUUCAAUGGAAUUAUGUAAUAAAGAUUAUACUGAAUUCGUAAAAAAGCCGACGUCAUACAACAAUCGUUAUAAUAUCUCACCGGUAUUCCGCGCAAUAUUACCAAUGUUUCACGUAGAAUAUAUAACACUCGGUGUUCUUCUUUGUUAAUAUGAGAAACAAAACAAGACAUGUUAUAAUAUCAGUUUUAACUUUUACUCUGCUGUAUUUCUAAAAUGAUUUGGUCCAUCAUUCAAUUUGGUCAGUACCACUUGUUUAUCAAAGGGGUGUUCACUGAAAAUUUACUGACUGAAAACUGAACAGUGCGGUCUAUGAUCAGCCUGCACGACUGACUGUGGAUGUGCCAGCUGAUCUUGGUCUGCACUGGUCGCAAUGGCAGAAUCGCAUGCCACCAGCAGGCUAAAGGUUGAAAGAGGAAGUUUCGAAGUAUAUUUUAUUUAUGUGUCAAAGUAUUAUACGCUUUCUUUUGCCAGAGAUAUUUUUUUCUUUGAAAAUAUCUAACAAAGUUCCUUUAAAAGUGUGUAUAGCCCUUUAAGAAUCUGGCAAUGUGCAAUAUGUGUUAAAUCUUUUGUUUUUAUAUGUUUUUAUUGUGCAUAAAUAAGAUUCAAAUAAAUAAAUAUCUUGUA